GACAAAAUUCUGAUCGGCCAAUGGAAGGAGGAGAUUGAAGAGGCCUACCAAGUGUCCACAGAACUCAUUUCCGAAUUAAACCGCAAGGCACACAAAAUGUACGGCGCAGAGACCUCCUACAGACCCUAUCACAUGACGCUGUCGCCGGCUGGAUCACAAAAGGGACUAGGUCCUUCCAGCGACCAACAGAGUUUAACCAAACAGAGUUCCGUGCCCGCUGCCAACACGCAGAAGGCGAUCCCCAAAUUUUACUCUGUCACAACUGCUAGCAGUAUUGAUGUAGGUAUGGUUGGGCAGCCGGACCAGUGUAAAUCGCAGCCAGAGGAGCCCAAAUCGGCCGCAGCGACGAACGCCCCUGAAACCUUGCGGCCACCAAGCCUCUCCUUCAAGUCUUCCCCUUCCAAAUCCGCGCUGGCGGCUGAAACAAUAGUCGGUCUCGAUGUGAUCAGUCCUGGUGAAAAUGUGAGCUCUAAGGCAGCCGGCGAAGCUCAAUCAUGA